GCUGCCCGUCCAAAAAUGCAGGCCUUCGCCCAACGGGCUACAAUUGCGGCCCAACAACUUUUAAGGCCAUAUCGAAACUGCAGUAUUUGCACCCUAGUCUCUACUAGUCGUAGCUUGCGAUUUCACGGCGGCGGCGGCGCCGCUUCCUCCUCCUCAUCCACCGCCACCGCCGCCGCCGCCAUGAUCCACCACCUCCAGCGCCGCAUCGUUUCGCUCCUCCUCCUCCACCCAGCAUCGCCUCACCCCGUCGCCGCCAUCUCUCUCGGCCGCCUCCUCUCCACCACCGCGCCCGUUUCCUCCAAACCCUUCGCCGCCGAGGACUACCUCGUCGCCGCCUGCGGCCUCACCCGAGCCCAAGCAGCCAGGGCUUCGGAGAGGAUCUCCCACCUCAGGUCCCCCUCCAAGCCCGACGCCGUCCUCGCCUUCCUCGCCGGCCUCGGCAUCCCGCGCCCCGACAUCGCCACCGCCGUCGCCGCCGACCCGAGGCUGCUGUGCGCCGGCGUGGAGGGAAACCUCGCCAAGCGCGUCGCCGAGCUCGGCGACCUGGGCAUCCCGCGCUCCCAGAUCGCGCGCCUCGUCCCCCUCGCCAAGAUCCCCUUCCGCAGCAGCUCCCUCGCCACCAACCUCGCCUUCUGGCUCCCGGUGUUCGGCUCGUUGGACAGCAUCCUCAGGGCCCUCAGGAAGAACUCCUCCCUCCUCAGCGCCAACCUCGACAAGGUGGUGAAGCCGAACCUGGCAUUCCUCAAGCAAUGCGGGAUAGAUGCCCGUGAUGUUGCCAGCAAUCCAAACCUGUACUCCAGCCGGCUGUUCACCUCGAAUCCCAUGAAACUCCGGGACGCCGUGGCGCGAGUGGAGGAGCUAGGCAUGGUCCGCGGCUCGAGGGUGUUCCACCGUGGGCUCGUUGCGGUGGCUUUCCUAAGCAAGGAGGCUGUCGCGACGAAAACACGGCUGCUGGUGGAGCUUGGGUUUUCGCAGGAUGAUGUUUCGGUGAUCUUCAGGAAGAUGCCAUCCUUCCUGACCGCAUCCGAGAAAAGGAUACGGCGAGCCGUGGGGUUCUUGAAGGGGGAUGUUGGUCUGGAGGAACGGUACAUUGCGCGAAGGCCGGUAUUGCUCUUGUAUAGCCUUGAACGGCGGCUAUUGCCUCGGUAUUACUUGCUCAAGGUCCUCAGGACAAAGGGAUUGCUGGAUUGCAAGCUGUGUUACUACUCAACAGCCGCACUGGGCGAGAAGAAGUUUAUAGAAAGGUUUGUGCAUCCUUAUGAGGACCACAUUGCAGGCCUUGCUGAUGCUUAUGGCUCUAUUUGUUCCGGGAAAGUAGCAAAUGGAGUUGCUCCAUUGCUUGGUUUGUAGACUGAAAUUGACGGAUGUAAAAGUUUCUGCUGGGGAUUUUGGCUAGAUCGUCGCACAGGAAUGCAAAAUAUUAAGGUUUGUGGACCCUUGGAUCAUCUUGUACUAUGUUAAAGCUUGUGCUGAAGAAGUAUGUAGGAGUAGGUUUGUUACUUUUAUCUUGUAGCUCUGAUGGUUGAGGAUGACAAUGGUUAAUGGCAAUGGAUUUGGAACAAAAAAGCAUUAAGAUUUUAUUUCA